UUAAUCGCCUCGUGUUCAGGUGACGCGCGAGUGUGCACGUUGGGAAAGAGCGUCUUCAAACCGGCGAUGACUUGCGAGCUAAAAAGACAAAUGCGUUCGUUUUUAAUCGUCCUUUUUGUUCUUUUAUAUUCUUUUCAGUUUUGUUGUUCGGUUAGUUUAGCAAGAAGGGAAGAUGAUUCAACCACCCAGCGAGGAGAGUCAGCCUUGGCCGGGGAGGAGAAGCCUGAACAUGGUCAGCAGGCACAGCCGCAGCCGUAUGCGGUUGAACAGGUAACAUGGACCGCUAGUCGGGAUUUAUCCCACCUGUCAGGACUCCUGAAGCCCCAGCCAGACUUUAAACCCCCUGCUAACCCACUCCCACUUGUGAGGGCUCCAAAACCCGAUCAAACUAGCUACAGCUUCGCCCUGAACAGCUCCACCUGGACCACUGGUGAUAUCAAGGAGGAAAGAAGACCUUCUGCUCCAGAGGAUGGUUAUCAAGAAGAUUUUACAGGUUUUUCUGAAAUUCAGGGGAAGGUUUUGGGGUUACUGUCUGACUCCAGACCACAUUUUACUGAAUGGGAGGCCAUGAAACCUCUGGUGGAGUGUGCUGAUGAUGUCAUGACCUUAACUGCUUCCAGUCGAGGCUUCACACACCUGCAAGUCGACAGACAGAGUGCCUCCCCCAUCUCCAUUUUCCAGUUGCCUUCCUACUGUGGCUACUCAGUGAAGGUCUCAUGGGCUUACCUGGAGAUGACGGUGCCAUAUGAUGGCUGCUACAUCAUUCAGGAGAAUGACAGUUACGUGCUGCCCAUGCUGUGGUUGGGGAGCCCGCUGAAGCUGUCCUGCCCGAUGACGGUAUCCACAGCUAUUCCCAAGUACUCCCUGUCUGCUCCCUUGGUCUUCUGCUCUGCCUAUGGCAUGGCAGUGCAGAUCCCAGGGCAGGAGCACAAUGUACCUAUCCUUGGUGUCAUAGUGGAUGGAGCAAAGGAUCCUUUUGUAUCUGAAAGGUGUGCGUUCCAGGUUGACUCUGAGGCCCAAUACCUGACCUAUCUUAUCUCCCACACUGCUCCUUGUAUCACAACUGAUGAUAAUCUGCAACUUCAGCUCAUAUUAGAUGAUGUACAUUAUGUUCUCUCCUGUCCAGUCAUUCCUCAGUUUCCCCAUGCCCCCUUCCUGCCUGAUUAUCCUCAUCUGUCUCCUGGUGACACUUUGCCUCCAUACUUCCUAGAUCCUGUCAGCCCUACUUCCCCUCCCUCUCAGCAAGCCUCAGUUAAAGAGCAGACUAUAGAAAAUCCACACUAUCAACACUACCUUGCUUCUGGGUUCCAGUACCAACAACUACCACAAAUCUUCCCUCCUGCCUUACAGACCCGUCAUCCACCUAAGCCCACGAUUGGCCGCUUCCCUGCGUCUGUGCAGCAGUACCACCAGUACCCCUCUGGAUCUGAAAAGUUAUCCUAUUCUUCUGACAGUCAUCUACAAUACUUUCCUGAUCUCAUUCACUCGAAGGAUCAUUCUGAACAUCAGGUUUUUGAAUUACCUGACCACCUGUCUCAGUAUCCAUAUACUGUCUUCUAUCCCUAUGUGCCAUUCUAUUACCAGACAUUGAUCCCGGCAGCUGAAGAACACCCCAAACCUUCAGCAGGUCCAUAUUAUCCUGAGUACUAUCAUCAGAAACCGUAUUAUCCUGUAUCCACAGUGACCCAAGCUCCAACACCAACACGUCGUCCUUCCUUUCCACCAAAACACCAAACCAGUUUAUUUUAUCCACCGAUGUCUUACUACCAUCAACAAGCACUUUCUUACUCUGCUUCACAUCCUGCUUCUGCUCCACCAGUUGGCACCCCUGAUAGUCCUAGGUAUCCUUGCAGCCAGUCUAAUAUCCAAACUCCAUUUCACUUUCAGCUGCCUCCACAUCUGCCACCAGUCAAACAGGAGCCUGAGAAACCAGUAGCCAGUCAUCACAUGUUCUACCAAGCACACUACCCAAAACUCCAUCCCCUUUUCCCCCAAUAUCCGAAGAUUCCUUCUUCCACCACAGCCCCAGACUGGAUCACUCCUCAGACAUCCCAUAUCCAGUGUCUGAAUGAGAACAUGACCGCUUUCCUGCCUUUUGCUGACCCAGAAUCCAUCCAGGUCAGAGACCCAUUACAAUCAUGGCAGUCACUCUCCAGCGUGUCUCCAUUCUGCAGCUACAUGUUACAGAGGACUGCAGGCCACGGCGUAAUCCUCCACUCUCCUCUGCCGGCCUGUCACAGUCAUUUACAGACUCCCACAACCAUUUCUCUACCUAUAAGUUAUUGGGACUUCUCCACUUGGCAGAAUAGGACUCUGGAUCUGCAGUGUCCAUAUCAGAGCACCCCUGAUACUCCACCAACAACUUCUCCGUGGACUUUCCCCACCCCUCCAAGCGCAACUAAGGGCAAGCCGGGUCCAUCUGUUGUCACAAGGACUGACGUCUUCUGCUCCUUCCAGCAGAUGAAGGUCGUGCUUCCCCCUGGACCCAUUUCUGAAAUAGUUCUUAAAGACAUCAAUGGGAACCAUAUGAACCUCCCUGAAACCCCUAAAGAAUGUGGAUAUUAUGCAAGUGAGGCCAAGGAUGGCACAAUCCAUUUGUUUCUCCAGUUACAUUCACACUGUCAUAUGAGUGUGCAGGGUCAAAUGUACAUUAUCAACAUCCUCUACACAACACGCAGUGGAAGAAAGGAGGCAAAGGUUUCCUGUCCACUUGUGAUUCCGAGGUUUGAGCAUGAGUGCAACCUUCACAGCGAAUACCGCCUCCCCUGCGGAUCCAGCUCUAUAUCCCAGACACAGUGCCUCGCCAUGGGCUGCUGCUUCAACAAGCACCCCCCUGCCUGCUACUACCCAAUGGAUGAGUGCACUAUUGACCGCCACAUGAUCUUCUCUGUGCCGGCCUCCCUCAUGGACCCCCCUCUUUCUACUGCACUGCUGGUUGCUGCCAACAACUCCACCUGCAAACCUCAGAAGGUGACCCCUGAGUAUGCAUUGUUCAAAAUCCCAAUGGACGGCUGUGGGACGCGCAGAGUGGUGGUGGGGAAGACUGUGGUCUAUCUGGUGGAGAUUACAAACGUAGUGCAAACUGUCAGCCUCAACUAUGGCACCAUUACAAGAGAUUCACCUGUCAGGUUGCUGGUGGAGUGCAGGUACAUGCCAGGAACAGUUCUGAGUGUGAGCUACGUCGUUAAAACUCCCACCUUUGGUCCUGAUGUUCAUACUCAGGGAGUGUUUGGAGUCCAGCUGAGGAUUGCCAAAGAUGCCCAGUACAGCAGUUAUUACCCACAGUAUCACCAACCUCUGCACAUGUUGCUGGGGAAACCUCUCCACCUUGAAGUGCGCCUACUCAACUCCCCAGAUCCCAGUUUGGUGCUGCUGGUGCACUUCUGUGUGGCCUACCCCCGCUCUGGAAAGGCUGCGUGGGUGUUGCUUUACAACGGAUGCCCCAACCCUUUGGACCCAGCCCCACCGAAGACCGUUCUGUCAGACCCUACUCCGCCUUCUCCUCAGAGUCAGACACGGCGCUUCACCAUUCGCACCUUUCAGUUCCUCCCGGAUGGAGAGUUCCAGGACAUGGAGGAAGAGAUCUACUUCAUGUGUUCAACUGAGAUCUGCUCUCCUCAAGAUGGUCCUUGUGUUGAGGGAUGCUUUGGUCACUGAGUGAGAAACCGAAUUUCAUCAAUUCACAGCAUCCUUCUGAGCUCCAGCAGAAGGUAUAAAACACAGAGCCUUAUUACAAACCAUCUGAAGAGAGCCUGAGAGUUUGUGGUAGCUACACUUUGAUUUAAAUCAAUAUGUUUUCUGUUAGUUACAACAAGGCUGAUGCCUUUAAAAGUGGUUAAAAAUGAGGCUCAGGUAAAUGUACAAACACCUAAAACUGAAGGAUUUCAUCUUCAUGCUGUCUUAUCUUCUUUAUCCUCAGAUGUGAUGCAUUUAACCAUCCAAUAAAGGCUCUUAAACAAC